GAAAAAAAGUCCACUUACAUUAUGAUUAUUACUGCACCACUAACGACCCACAGAUAUGUUCGUGGCACGGGUGCAACCAGUGUAUUUAGCAAUUACAGAAAUCCGUUCAGAGGAAACGUAAAGAAGUUUGCGGACCAAACAACGAAUACAUUUUGCAAUCAAGCCAGAAUUAUCCGUAACGCUAUGACUACACUCCUAGAGACAAAAGCAAUAUUCCGUGGCGCUGAUGCGGUGUGUUUCGAUGUGGAUAGUACUGUCAUCAAAGAGGAAGGCAUUGAUGAACUGGCUAAGUUCUGUGGAGUUGGGGACGCAGUGACAGAGAUGACUCGCAAAGCUAUGGGGGGCACUAUGACCUUUAAAACAGCUUUAACGAAGCGCCUUGCAAUUAUAAGACCGUCUCGAGAACAAGUGAACAAGUUAAUCACUGACCACCCUCCUCAGUUAACAGAAGGCAUACAGGAGCUUGUGGAGCGUCUCCAGCAGCACAAUGUGCAGGUAUUCCUGAUCUCCGGGGGGUUUCGCAGUAUUGUGGAGCACGUUGCCACACAGCUCAAUAUCCCCCUGAGCCAUGUCUUUGCAAACCGACUGAAGUUUUACUUCAACGGGGAGUAUGCUGGGUUUGACGAGACGCAGCUUACAGCAGAAUCUGGUGGGAAAGGGAAGGUGAUCAGCCUGCUAAAGGAGAAGUAUGGCUUAAAAAAGGUGGUGAUGAUUGGAGACGGUGCUACAGACAUGGAAGCCUGCCCUCCUGCUAAUGCUUUCAUUGGAUUUGGUGGGAAUGUUACGAGGUCGCAAGUAAAAGAAAACUGCACGUGGUACGUCUCCAGCUUUCACGAGCUUCUUCAAGAACUGGAAAAGAUUUAAGGACUGAAGAAAAGAGAAGCCUUUUUAAAAUAUUGUAGAUCACCCAGAACUAAAAAAAUAAAAAUAAAAUAACGAAUUGUUUUAAAUAGCUUUUAGAACAGGCAUCAUGUAACGGUGUACGCAUUUAGAGGUUGAGAAUGACUGUACAGUUGUAGUGUCCAUUUCUGGGACCGUCCUUUAUGGCAAUGGCAUUGAAGAAAAAGGCUGCUUAUGGGACAAAACGACUUGGUCACUUGCAUACACUGCUGUAUUGUCGUUAAGUAUGUUAGUAUCUGUUUUUGAGUGCUUGUGAAUUGUGAAGGUCGAAAAGCACUGGCUACAGCAACUGCCCCAUACAACUCUGUCACCAUGAAGGGCAGGGGUUGCACAACUCCUACCCCUGGGACAAUUUUCUCCAUCACAUGUGGUUUUUGUAUCAUCAACCACAACUAAACACCUCCCUAGAAUAGCUUCCGCAUGAGCUGGAAUGACCCAAAAGCCAACUCCUUUGUUCUCAGUAUCAUAGAGAAAAAACAGAAAUAUAAGCUUGUGUUUUUAAAUACAUCCUGGGGAUGCUGAUUUAGAACCCCUGAUCAAAUAUUACAGUGUGAUCUUGGGUACCGCUCGCUUACUGUAUAAAGUGACAAUAACAUGCUUAGUAUGAAAAAAGUAAACACUAAAGUAUUUUGGUACAGAAACUUACAGCACUACUGCAAUUAAAGUUACUAUUCAUUGUUUUUACUAAA